GCCCUGUGAAGUAAGUCUGUUUGUAUUUUAGGUUUGCCAGGACUAAUGAAUUAAAAGCCUUGACCUCUUCUGGUUUGUCACUUUUUAAAGCCUCUGACAAGAGGGUUUUUCCCCUGAAGCAUGACAACAUACUAAAAGUUCAGUGCGAAGGAAUGAAACUAAACGUUGCAUAGAGGAGAGAAGCAACGAGCGGAGGUCCUUUGGGAAAGCAAAGCCAUUUAGACAUUCAGGUAGCCCACAUGCUGCACUAGCAGCUGUCCGAGUCUUUCAUUGCCUGUCAGUCUGUUACUAUGCAGCAGGUGCAGACUUUUCUGCUAUUGACUUUUUACUCCAUAAAGACGAAGACCAGCCAAGUCAGUGACUGACGCAGGAUUACUCAAGUGCAGACACACUCAUCUGAGUGAGGUGUUUUGUUGGAGAACAGGGGCAGCUGAGAUCUGGAAGGACACAUAAUUGAGGUCCCCAUGAUUACCACAGCAAGGAUACCUGCUGAUAAACCCGUUCGAAUUUCCUUCAGUCUUAAUGACUCUACAGAUGAAUCAUCUGCAGAGAAUGCUUUCCCUCUUGCUUUCCCGGAUCUAGAUCAGCAACUUCAGCCUCUCCCACCAUGUAACACCUCCAAAGAAUCGAUGCACUUAUAUAAGCAGCACUGUAAGAUUGCUGAGGAAUAUCAUGAAGUUAAGAGGGAAAUAGCUCUACUGGAGGAAAGAAGGAAAGAGCUGAUGGCCCGGCUGGAUCAAGUAGAAAAGGAAAAUUCUGAUGCAGUUCACUUGGCCAUGGAAUAUGAAGAGCUGACAAUAGAGAAUCAAAGCCUUAACGUAGCUCACUCGCGAUGUAAAGAACAACUAGAAAAAAUAAGACAGCAGUAUCAAAAAAGGCAGGGGUCUUCCUAACCCUCGUGCGGCAGACACUGUGCAGUGAACCAACACAGGUCUCUAAGGAAAUUGGAUAAUAUAUCAGCACUUUCUUUUUAAAACGUUAUUAGAAGUGUUGCUUACUAACAGGGCUGGAUUACCUACUAAGCACACUAGGCUUUAAUCAGAGCACCAUUGUUCUAGGGUUAUGCUGUAAAUUUACGGGAGUGGAUAAACAAAGCCCUCCCAGUUAUUUUGUACACCACAACCACUUUUCACAAACCUAUGCCAUGUUCUUCUCAUGCCAUAUCUCUGUCCUGCUUGUGCUCAAUAAUCACACAAAUUCUUUCAUUGUUAUUGAAACAUUUCAGUUUUUAACUGUAUUAGAUUUAGUUCCAUUGUAUCUUAAAGGUGCUCUUUCACCUUCUGGGAUUCUUGCACCACAAUGGUGACUGCUCCGCUUGUUGUGUGGGGGCAGGGUAAGGCAGUUUUUACCUACCUGCACCUGUCCCUUGUGGGCGCCACCAUCUUUCCAUGAGGUCGUCUUCAGCUACUGACACGUCAUCUGCCAGGAGCCGAUGUCAUUGCUGUACACUUGUGAACGAGCAACACUGACGCCUAUUAAGGAUCCCGGAAGGAUCCUCUCCAUAAAACCAGCCCUUUUCUCUUCAGCCACUAGUGAUGACUAAUGGCUUGACAAGACUUUUCUUAAACUUUGUCAAGCGUAGGAAAAACACACAAGACAAAGUAGUCCCUACUUUGACUUAUAAUAUCUUUUGACUAGGUUGGAAUUUCAGUGAAAUUCCAACAGUCUUUAUGAGCAUUUCAUGAAUAUGUUAUCUUUCUGAAAUGAUGAUUCUUUGGGGGGGAGAGCGGGGUGAGGGGGGAGUGAUAGAGCGACAGAGCAAUUUUAAAAGGGUGCUUAUAAUAUUUAAGUCUGGGAGCGACUGGGAAAUAAAACUAGACCUGCUUACUAAACAACCGCAGGAAUACUAUAGAAGUAAGAUAAUCUCAUAAGGCAGAAGCAGAGUUUGUAUGUGAUAGGCAGUCCGUGUCAUAGUUAUACAGAGAAAGUAGAAUAUCUUGGGCGUCAGAGGACUCUAAGACUCAGCUGAUGUUUUUUUUUUUGCUAAACUGGACAUCGUGGAGAAAUGGAAAGGGCUGGAUUCUCUGUAAACAAAGUUAGGGUAACGGAAUAGCAAAUCCUCUGUUUAGUUCUAUGGGAACCCUUACUGUGCGAAGACAAUCCAGCCUAAAAUUUGCAAUUUUCCUUUUUAGUUCUUUACUAUUUCCAUUUUAGACAAUAACAUUGAAUGCUUUAUUCACUAAAUAGUAACUGUAGUAAAAUGUAGUAAACUUUGGAUAAAAUGCAUACCGACGCUUUGACUAUAAUUGGAGUUGGGGGUAUCAGCACUUGUUGCAUACAUUUUGCAUUUGGAUGUGAAUUCAUUGCAAUUUACCAUUUAGUGAAUAAACAUUUCUAUAUUUUUAUUUUACUUUUGAUGCCCUGUGGUUUAAGAGAUGAUUUGUUGUUUUAUUAUUUCUCUGUUGAUGAAUAGGUAGUUUAGCGAAUAAUGCAGUGUUAUAAGAUGAAUGCCUCAGAUCUUCUUUAAAAUCGUAUAUUCUUGACAAAUAAGCUAUUUAGACCAAUUUUAGAUUCGGCUAGUAUUCAUAUCUAUGUACCAAAUAUUUUAAUUCUUAUUCAUUUUGAAAAUCCAAACCACGCACAUAAAUUAUUCUUUAAUCAUGUAAAGGUUUUGCCCUGAUUUUGCCACACAUGUCUAACCAGUUUUUGAAUGUGCUUAUAACCUAGUAAAGAUAAAAUAAACAAAUUGAUUUUGCCAACAUA